AGGAACUCACGUGACCCAGCCGUCAAGCAGAGAGCUUCUCCAGCUGAGCUGAUAAAUAAACACCAGUGUGAACCAUGUCUCCUGCUCGUCAGCCUCCGCUGGUGACUGGCAUCUCACCCAAUGAGGGCACACCUUGGACUAAAGUCACUAUCCGUGGAGAAAAUUUGGGCUCUGGUCCUAAUGACCUUAUCGGUUUGUCUAUAUGUGGUCAUAACUGUCUGCUGACAGCUGAAUGGAUGUCUGGGAGUAAAAUAGUCUGUCGUGUCGGUCCUGCCAAAGAUGACAAGGGCGAGAUUGUUGUUACGACUCGGAGUGGAGGUCAAGGCACGUCCACUGUCUCCUUCAAGGUCCUCAAAGCUGACAAGAUAGAUAUUCUAGAGCAGUCUGCUGUUUGGGUUGAUGAGGUGAGUUACUACGAUCUGCGACUAAACAGAAACAAAGGAAUCUCCCCCCUGUCUCUGCGCCAAGCCGACCCACUGGGCAUUGAAACAGACAAGGGAAAGGUUCCACUUAAGGAUUUGGAGAGCCUGUUCCCUGGAAUGAGCGGAGAUUUUACUACUGAGAAUUUUUCUGCCACUUGGUACCUCAUUGAAAAUCACUCUACCACCAGUUUUGAGCAGUUGCGCUCAGCAGUGGGAAAUCUGAAGAAGCAGGCCAGUAAAAAGGAUGAGGGCAGUCUGGCAUGCGUGAAAGGAGGACUCAGUACUUUCUUCGAAGCUCAGGAUGCUCUAGCAGCUAUUCAUCAGAAACUCGAAUCAGAUGGAACUGAGAAGGUUGAGGGGUCCAUGACUCAGAGAUUAGAAAAUGUCCUCAACAGAGCCAGUAACACCGCAGACACUUUAUUCCAGGAAGUUUUGGGCCGGAAGGAUAAAGCCGACUCCACUCGGAACGCACUCAAUGUGCUGCAGCGAUUCAAAUUUCUCUUUAAUCUGCCACUCAACAUCGAGCGAAACAUUCAGAAGGGAGACUAUGAUGUUGUCAUUAAUGACUAUGAGAAAGCAAAGUCCCUGUUUGGGAAAACAGAAGUUCCAGUCUUCAAAAAAGUGUAUGCAGAGGUGGAGACUCGUAUCAGUGCUUUGAGGAAUCUUCUUUUGGAUAAAUUACUGGAGAUGCCUUCUACUUUGCAUGACCAGAGACGCUAUAUAAGGUAUCUGUCAGACCUGAAUGCUUCAGGCGACCCAGCCUGGCAGUGUAUUGUUGCUCAACACAAGUGGAUUUUGCAGUUGAUGCAAAACUGCAAAGAAGACUUUAUUAAAGAACAAAGAGUCGGUGGUAGAGCGCUGGAUUUUAAUGAAGAGCCUCGAUCAGCUGCUCUGAGCAGAAUCAGUCACACAGCUUCUCUAAAGAGAGGCAGCAGUUUCCAAACACCAAGAGAGGACUCGUGGCAAUAUAAGAGCCCUCAACAAGUGAGGUUUGUAGAGAAGCUCUCAGAUGUGGUCAUCAGCCAGCUGCCCAACUUUUGGAAACUUUGGAUCUCGUAUGUUAAUGGAAGCCUGUUCAUUGAGACAGGAGAGAAGUCGGGUCAGGUGGAGAAGCUGAAGAAGACUGCCAGACAGAGACAGAAUGACUUUAGAGGCAUGAUUGAGGAGGUGACUCGCCAUUUGGUACAGCUAGUACGUGGUGCUCUGUUGCCUGCGAGUCUCUCUGAGAACGAGCGGCGCAUAUAUGGAGGCUGGAACAUGAAGACUCCUCUUAACGGAGUCUGGCUUACACAGGUCAUUCACACUGUAAGGAUAAGUCACGAGGCUCUUUCUGCUCUAGAGAUCCCUAAUGAUCUGCUUCAGGUGAUUCAGGACCUGCUGGUGGAGCUCCGCAUGCACUGCCUCCUGGUCACCCUUCAGUACACUGCUGAGGAUGUGAAGAGACUUCCUGAAAAAGAAGACUGGAUUGUCGAUAAUAAAGGAAUAACAUCACUGCCAGCACGGUUUGAGCAGUGCAUGGUGCAGAUGCUACAGUCUCUAAAGGAACCUAUGGAUUGUAAGCCUGGGGAGGUCAAUGUGUUUCAGCUGGAUCUGGCUCAGGAUCAGGCAUGUGCGCAGUGUGUGGAAAUCAUUAAGGUGUUUAUCAACUGUCUGGAGCAACUAAGCAUCAAGACUGAUAGAGACGUUGAUUCCUCUCAUUCGUCAGUGGACAUGGGAUCACCUGAUGUCUUCGGAAGCGUUCAUGAACACUUUGGGUCAUCACCAGAACGGCGCCUCCUUAUCAUUCUUAGUAAUUGUCAGUACCUGGAGAAACACACCUUCCUCAACCUUGCUGAGCAUCUGGAGAAACACGGCUUCACCACUGCUGAAAAAAUCACUCGAGUGAGUAUAGAGGCAGUUCGUCGGUUGGAUGAGCGCUUGUUUGAGACAUACAUUGAAAAGAAAUCUGAUCCCAUUGUGGGCUCUCUUGAGCCAGGAAUCUACGCAGGCUACUUUGAUUGGAAGGACUGUCUGCGUCCUACAGGUGUUCGCAGUUAUUUAAAGGAGGCUUUGGUCAGCAUCAUCUCUGUUCAUGCUGAAGUGUUUACCAUUUCUAAGGACUUAGUCCCUCGCGUUUUGUCAAGGAUUGUUGAAUCUGUGGCUGAAGAGAUGAGUCGUCUGAUGCAGUGUGCGCAGUCAUUUAGCAGAAAUGGUGCACUGCAGGCACGUCUGGAAGUCUGUGCAUUGAGGGACGCUGUAGCUUGUUUCCUGACUUCAGAAAGCCAGUCCAGUUUUAAGCAAGCACUGGAGGAUUUACCACAGCUUCAGAGUGGAGCUGAUAAGAAGCUCUUGGAGGAGUUGUUAAACACGUUUAAGAGCAGUAUGCAUUUUCAGCUCACCUGUUUCCAGCCCUCCUCUGUUCAGCCUGUCAAAAGAUAAACUGACAUCUGUACAGCACCUGAAGCUCAUUACACUGGCCGAACAUUUCUAGCUUGUAUACUUGUCUACGUGAGUUAGACGAGUCUAUCACACUAAUAAAACACUAAGCUGUACUAGUAGUUACUGAAUGCUAUAUUAAUUGUGAGUACUUGAUGCACUUUGUUCUUAAUAUGUUUAAAACAAUAACUGAAGUGCCCAUAAAACAAUAUCUACAUAA